UCCAAAUGGAAUUCAGCCUUUUUUUGGGUCUUUCGUUUUCCAGCAGAGUUCCUGUAGAACCCUAAGAAAAGAAACCCUAGGAACUAUGGAAGACGAUAAACCCUGGACAUUGAUGUGCGGUUUGGUGGCAAUGGACCACACCAACUUUUGCUAUAGGGUCUGCUCUGCAUGCGAGAGGACUCUUCCUGACACUGCCACCACCAAUUCCACGUCUUCUCUCUGCAAUUUCUGCAAUUUCAACGCUUCCAAACCCCCUUCUAAACGCCUAUUCCGUGUUCUUGUGUCUAUAGCGUCAGAUACAAAGGUGUUUGUGGUGAUAUGCUUUGAUAGGGCAGCCAGGGUGUUGUUUGGGUGCUCUGCUGAUGAGUUUUUUGAUUUUGUCAAGCUUCAUCCUUUUGCAGCUGUGACUGCUGGUAAAGUACUAGAAGGAGAGAUGUUCAGAAUGACACUAUCCAAACCAAAGAAUGGUAAUGCACAGCAUCUGCGAGUCGUAUCUGUUGUCCCUUUGCGCUCUGGUUUUCAGCCAGCAAUUGAGACUUUGAGGGAAUUGUAUGGAGUGAAAAGAGGUGGUGCUUAACCGGCUUCUUCAAUCUUGCAUGUAUCUAUGGAGCUCCAAGUACUCUCUUUCACCAGUAAGCUAUGGAUGGCCAUAUUUUUUCUGGUUCAGAUUAUUCUAUGAGAAAGAUGCUACUUUUGUAUUUGGUUCACAUUGCUCUCUAAGAGGAAUGCCGUGUUCGACUCCUUGGCUUGAAUUUCUUAAGCAUGCCAGAGGAAAGAAAAAGGGCCAACCAGUAUGCUUCAUGCCUAUGGUUCAAUGAUAAUGAGAUUUUUUCUGGUUUUUGGAUUAGGUUAUUUUCAGUGGUUGACUAGCCAAAUUGUUGGUGGCUCAAGUUGAUUCCUUCCCAUUAUGAAGAGCUUAUAUAAUGCAUUAGCUCAAUCAAGCUCCGGCUAGAUGAUAUUAUGAUCACUAGUCAUUUAUACGUGGAAUAAUGUUUAUGAACAACAUUGUCGAUGGAGGGUUUUUAGUAGGAUAGGAAGUGAGCCACGAGAGAGGGAGGUGUCAAGGAUUGAGGGGAUGGUGCUUAGCAGGAACCUCUAUCAAUGGGCUCAAGAGCUCUAAGGCCGGUUUGUAGCAUGCAUGAUCAAUCACAUUUGUAUGUAGUUAUUUGAUUCAAGCACGCUUCAACUUUUUAUUUAUUUAGUUAGUUAGUUAGCUUUGAUCUUUUUCACCAUUGUGUUAUUAGGACACAAAUGUACUAUUUUCACAUGGCUUUCUAUUUUUUUAAGUAAAGUUGUGGCUUCUAAACUGUUUGUUAGAA